AUGACAGCAUUCGUUCCUCCAGCCCACCAUGGCAUGACAGUGCUCAAUCGCGAAGCUUUCAAAAAGACAAUUCAGACAUUGGGCGUCCGUGUACCUGCUCGACAAGUCAAUGUUGUAAUGAAGGGUCUCAUGGGACAAUUGCUCAACCAACCACGCCUACGCAAUGUUGUCGACGAUCCUCAAGGAAAGGAAACCAAGCUUCUCCUUUUAAAGCAAGAGGUGCUUCAACCUGAAGAUGUAUCCAAGUUACCAGAGGCAGCUAGAAAGCUCAUUGAAGAACAUGGUGUUGGUUUCUCUACAUUUGAUGUUGAUGUUGAUUACAAUUACUGGACUGCAGAACAAAUCUUCGAGGCUGUACUUCCCGCCGGCUCUGACGCCACCCCUGGAUCCUAUACUCAAGUGGGCCAUAUUGCACAUAUGAAUUUGAAGGAAGAAUACUAUCCCUGGAAACAGCUUAUUGGCCAAGUCAUUUUGGACAAAAACAAAAAUAUCACGAGCGUUGUCAACAAGACCAACAACAUUGAUACCACCUUCCGGUUUUUCAAGAUGGAAGUACUUGCAGGCGAGGAUAAUAUGGUUGCGCAAGUGAAAGAGAGUGGAUGUCGAUUCAAGUUUGAUUUCUCCAAAGUCUACUGGAAUUCUCGGUUGCACACGGAGCACGACCGAUUGGUACAAACCUUCAAACGCGGAGAAUACGUCUGUGACGUUUUUGCUGGUGUCGGUCCGUUCGCAUUGCCAGCAGCUAAAAAGGGGGCCAUUGUCUACGCCAACGAUCUCAAUCCCGUUUCUUUUGAAUGGCUGAAUGAAAACGUCAAAUUGAACAAGAUCAAGAGUGGCAUUCAUACCUACAACUUGGAUGGUCGUGAAUUUAUCCGGAGAGCGGUGCAAGAUUUACAAGCGACAGCAAAUAGUGAUACUGAAUGGAAGACCUUUGAUCACUUUGUUAUGAACCUUCCAGCAACGGCCAUUGAAUUCCUAGAUGCGUUUCGUGGAUUGUAUCGGGAGCACAAGCACAGAUUUGAUGCGGCACCUACGGCUAAGCUUCCCAUGAUCCAUUGUCACUGUUUCACAAAGAGCCCGGAACCGGCCAACGAUAUCUACGAGAGAGUGAGUCAAGUGAUAGGCUCAAGCGUUGACCGUACAACAAGCAAAUUGCACUUGGUCCGUAACGUUGCUCCCAAGAAAGACAUGUAUUGCCUAUCAUUCCCUCUCAAUCCAGAGAUCGCCUUUGCAGCAACAGCAGCAACAACAUCUACAUCAUCAUCAUCAUCAUCAUCCUGGUAA